AUGCGGUCUUUAUUAAUCUCGUUUCUAUUUUCAACGUUUCUUGCAACUUUGGAAACAAGGAUUUUGCACAGACCCCGAGAUUUCCGAUGUGGUAGGCUGAUUGUAUUCGGAGAUAGUUUAUCAGACGAUGGAGUUGAGGCAGAAGGAGAGAGUCAUGGAUUUCUACGGAACUGUAACGGAAAAGUUUGGCCUGAAUAUGUAAAUGCGAUGUUGGAAUGUGACAGAUAUGUCAACUAUGCAUACAGUGGAGCCAAGUCUGGACUUGGAAACUUCUACUUUGACUCGUUCUCUGGAAUUCAAUGGCAAAUUAAUCAGUUUUUAUCAAACAAUAAGUUCUUGUCGGAUGAUCCACUGGUUAUUCUCCAAACAGGUGGAACCAUUGAUUUCUUCGGUGGAGAUACCAAUGCAACCGAAGUGGUGGAGAAUAUUCAGCAGACUAUUCAGAAUAUCACUCAGACAAUGUCAUCUGGAACACUUGUCAUUUUGUCACUUCUGGAUGUUUCCAAUAGUCCUGGCGUUCAGGCAGCAGAGGAUUCAGAGAUCCUUCAGGAGAGGCUGGGACAUUUGAUCUCUGAAACUAAUCGGCAACUCCAUCACAUAGUUCUGGAUUCUGAUCUUGGUACCCGUCGCCUGAAUCCAUUCCUUCGUGUUCGUCUAAUCGAUAUUAAUACAGUGGCACUGGCAGCUAUGCAAUCAUUGAAUACAACCGAACCAUUUACUCAUCACUCACCGGAUCUCAUUCCUCAAGCGAUAUACAAAUACGCCUACCAUGACCUUUGGAAUCCGUCGACAAUUGUUCACUACCACAUCGCAAAGGAAAUAGUUCGAAACCUUCAACAGUUUUAG